AUGAGCGAAGGCACGCGGAACACGCGCCAGUUCUACGGAUCGUCGAGCGGCGGUGGUGGCGGCGGCGGAGCUGGCAUUGGGGAAGGGAGGGACGGCCGGGAUGGCGGCGGCGGCGGUGGCAUUGGGGCGGCGCGGGGCAGCGGCGUGAACACGGGGAUCCUGGACGAGCACGUGCUGUCCCUUGUGUUCCGGUCGAUCAACUGGGACCCGCAGGCGGUGUGCACGGCGGCGUGCGUGAGCCGGCGGCUGCGCGCCGUCGCGGAGCGCGUGCUGUGGCGGGAGCUCUGCAUCUCCCGGGCUCCGAGGAUGGUGGCAUCGCUCGCGGGAGCCGCGGGGGGCGGCGGCGCGGCGCCUCCGCCGGGGCGCAUUGUCGGCGGGUGGCCAGCGCUCGCGAAGAUGCUCUUCUUCUGCUGCGGCGCAGCGGGGUCGGGGUCGGGGGUGCCGGGGCACUUCACGCGGAUGUCCCGCUUCUCCAAGACGUCCGGGCGGAGCUUCCUGUCCAGGCGGUGCAGGGGCGACAUGCUGUACGUGUCCGACCCGUGCGAGCACGCGGUGGCCGGCGCGGCGGAAGACCUCGGCGCCUACCGGGGCGUCUUCCGCGGGUUCAUGCGGUCCCGGACGCGGGCCUGCCUGGUGGGGCGCCAGGCCGCGCUGGACCCGCGCGUCCGCUGCCCCUACUGCGGUGCGCGCGUCUGGAGCAUGGCCGCCGCCGGGAUGGUGCCGCGCACCGCGUGGCGGAGGCUUGGCUGCCUCGAGGGCCGCCUCGAGUAUUACGUCUGCGUCAGCGGCCACCUCCACGGCAGCUGCUGGCUCGCCCGCCUCACCUCGAGCGAAGGCGAGCACGACGGCGACUCCGGCUCCGAAUCCGACGCGUCGACACAAGGUGGCAGCGAGGACGAUGGGCAUGUCGCCCUGUGACUCCGGUCCAUCCGCGGAUGGACCACCUCACCGCCACCAUGUGCGCCAUGGAUUUAUUUUUGUUUUCAAGAGAGGAUGGGAUAGCUCAUAGCUGCUCUGCUUUGAGGCCUAGGAGAGGCUAGAUUCACCGUUCCGAGCACGAGCGUUCUGCAGGACGGGUGUGUGCGCUCAGAGUUGGCUCGGUUCAGGGCUUCUUCGGCUGUGUACUGUCGUUGCGAGUUUUGAUGGGGUUUAACUUCGUUUUCGUUCGUUGAGGUGUAAAACGUUUUGUCGGCGGCCAGGCGACCUCUGUUCCAUCUUGAAAGC